AUGAGCACCACAGGCACGACGAAGGGCGGCCGGGGCAAGCCGAAGGCCUCUAAGGCUGUUUCCCGGUCGCAUAAGGCCGGCCUCCAGUUCCCUGUCGGCAGGAUCGCCCGCUUCCUCAAGGCGGGAAAGUACGCCGAGCGCGUUGGUGCGGGCGCCCCUGUCUACCUCUCCGCUGUUCUUGAAUACCUCGCAGCAGAGGUGAGACCUGAUCGUGCUCAGGAUUUGUUCCCCUGUCCCUCCGUUCUCCAUGCGGGAUCGCUUCAUUCAGGCUUGCUGCUCUGCGCAGGUUCUCGAGCUCGCAGGGAACGCGGCGAGGGACAAUAAGAAGAACAGGAUCGUGCCGAGGCACAUCCAGCUGGCGGUGAGGAAUGACGAGGAGUUGAGCAAGCUGCUUGGGGCAGUGACCAUCGCGAACGGCGGCGUGCUCCCCAACAUUCAUCAGACGCUCCUCCCGAAGAAGACGGGGAAGGGGAAGGGGGAAAUCGGAUCUGUCUCCCAGGAAUUCUAG